CCCAGGGAGGGCGCGAGGCGCGCCGGCCCGGGAGCGCGCGCGACGCCGAAAACCUCGCUCGGCCCUAGGUCACCGCCCGUGUCGCUGGCUGAGGCGGCCGCUGCGGCCGGCGUUGAGGGCGUGGUGGCUCCGGGUGGUGAGGGUCUGUCGGCCCCAGGCCGCGCUCGUGGGCAUCUCCCCUCGGGCCUCUCCCCUCGAGCGCACAGUAUCUGGCAGGCAUCCUAGAACUUUACAGAGAAGAUGCUCCGAGACAGCCUGAAAUCUUGGAAUGACAGCCAGUCAGACCUCUGUAGCAGCGACCAGGAGGGAGAGGAGAUGGUCUUCGGUGAAAACGAGGACGAACUGGAAGAGAUGAUGGACCUAAGUGACUUGCCCACCUCACUUUUUGCUUGCAGUGUCCACGAAGCAGUGUUUGAGGUCCAAGAGCAAAAGGAGAGGUUUGAGGCCCUGUUUUCCCUCUACGAUGACCAGGUCACAUUCCAGUUGUUCAAGAGCUUUCGCAGAGUGAGGAUCAACUUCAGCAAGCCCGAGGCUGCGGCAAGAGAGCGGAUAGAGCUCCACGAGAGUGAGUUCCACGGCCGGAAGCUGAAGCUUUACUUCGCACAGGUGCAGGUGUCCGGGGAGGCCCGGGACAAGUCCUACUUACUGCCACCACAGCCCACCAAGCAGUUCCUCAUCUCCCCUCCCGCCUCACCCCCCGUGGGGUGGAAGCAGAGUGAAGAUGCGAUGCCAGUGAUCAACUAUGACCUGCUCUGUGCUGUCUCCAAGCUGGGCCCAGGGGAGAAAUACGAACUGCACGCGGGAACCGAGUCCACCCCCAGUGUGGUGGUGCACGUCUGUGAGAGCGAAACUGAAGAGGAAGAAGACACAAAAAAUCCAAAACAGAAAAUCACGCAGACACGGCGCCCGGAAGCUCCCACGGCGGCACUGAGUGAGCGGCUGGACUGUGCACUCUGAGCGGCUGCGGUGCCUGCCGCGCCUGCCUGUCCCACUACUACAGCUGCGCCUGUCUAGGAGCACAGCCCAGGGAUGCUGCUGCAUCCAUCAGGCAGUUGGGCCAGCCUCCCCAGGCCAGAACGUGGGGUGAAGUAGCAGAUUCGGCCAGCUGUUUGAAAUUCUGAACAGUAUUCUCAAUGGCACUUUAAGUGACAAGGUUAGCCCUGACCAUGUGGCACCUGUCUCCUCCCCCAGAAAUAUUAGUUCCCUUGAACCUGUUGAGCAUUGGGUACCACAGGCCAGAACUAGAGUCACCCAGUGCACUGCCAUUUUUACAGAUUUAAAAAUUAGUCUUANGAUUUCAGUACUUUGGUGUGGGUAUUUUUGUACAGGUGUGGCAGUGUCUUAACAAAUAUAUCGAGCAAAGGCUGAGUGUUGUUCAAUAGACAUCACUUUUUGUUGUUGUUGUUGUUGCAUGAGAAGAAACCUGAGAUCCAAAAUCAUUUGUAGAAGUCAUUUCUCUCAAGUAUUUUUUCACUAGNUUUGAGGAUGAAAGGCCAAAUGACUGAGAUUGUCAGAUCCAGAUAUCGUGGGCAGAUGUGCUCUUGGCUCUCCUGGCUGUCUGUCUGUCCUGCCUCUCUUGGCAGUCAGUGACAAUGGUGUACAGGACUCUGCUCCCAGCUCAGCCCUUCCCAGCCUCGGCUCUGCUGGAGGAACCCGGCCUUUGCCAGUGGGAUGUGUCACCGGGAAGCUUGGCUGAGGACUACAGAGUUGGAGCCUGUGCAGCACCUCUUCAGUUACUCUCUUGACCCUCCUAAUGCUGGCCUGCUGCUGCUUGAGGUUUCCUGCGCUGUGCGUGUAAUCAUGGACGUUAGUCGGUCUUAACUUUAGAAGAUAAUGAUAAGACUUUGUGAAGACCGCUUUAAAUUGGGAGAGCCAGUUUGCUUUUGUUUUCUUCAAAGACAGGGUUUCACUUUGUAGCUCCUGGGCCUCAAGUCCUCUGUGAUCCUCCUGCCUCAGCUUCCCAAGUGCUGGAAUUAGAGGGGUGAGCACNAUGCAUUUCAAAGUUUUCCAUUCAAGUAUUUCAGCUGUUCAGAAAGAAAAAUCACCUGUCCUUUCCCCCAUGGAUUAGGGAGAGUAAUCAUUCUUCUGGGGGUGGUUGGUUGGUUGGUUGGUUGGUUUUGAGAUAAGGUUUCACACUGUAGCUCAUGCUAGCCUGUGACUCAUUAUGUAGCCCAAGCUGGCCUUGAGGCCCAGACCACUCUCUUUCCUCAGGCUCUCGAGUGUUCGGAUUGCAGGCAUGGGCUUGUUGUAGUCCGUGCUUCCCCCUUUUAACAAACAUUUCCACCUUUGCUUGCAGUUGGCCCUCUUACACUUGAAGAUGUGUUGUUGGGGCCUCCAUAGGUCACUCAGCAUCACUGGUCCCUUGCAGGCUUUCCUGCCUUUGAGUGCUGGGCUACAGGUACAUCAGCUGCUCCACUCAUCUGACUGUUCUUGCACAGCAAGUAUUCAGAGCUGGCUGGCCUAAGUGAAGGGGCUGGGCAUAGAACAGAGAGGAACAUAGCUGCAACUGCAAAGAAAAGAACGUAGAGAAAUGAAGCCAUGAGAGCNGUGUACUUUGGGUGACAUGUUAGGGCUGAGUCCUUUUGUGGUAGGAUUGAUUUCAUGAGCGUGCACGCAUGAACUCACACUCAAACACACGCACACAGGUUGCAUUGUCUGUCAUUAAAACGGGAUCUCAUGUAGUCCAGGUUGACCUCAAACUUGCUGUGUCCCAAGGAUGACCCUGAACUCCUACUCCUCCUGCCUCUGUCUCAUAAGUGCUAGGACUGAGGGUGUGUGCCACCAUAGUGACAAGAACAGGAGAGUGUCCCUUGCCUUCAGGUCCUGUCAAAUGCUGAAUUCUGCAUUUGCCAUUGGGAACCCUCCGUGCAGAUUCAGUUGCAGAUUACGAUUCCACCCGCACUGGUUUUUAGAUCUAAGUCAUCUGUCAGAUAAAGUGAGUUUUGUUUUGAGGUGACAGCUCAGUGUGGCCCAGGUUGGUCUCAAACGCCAGGCCUCAGUGGGUUGGCUGGAUGCAGGCACACGCCGCUGUAAUCCUGAGACUUUGGAGGCGAAUGCAGUAGAUCAAGAGUUCAAGGUCAUCCUUGGCUUACAGUGCUUUGCAGUGCUGAGCUCGGCAGUUUGCUUCCUUUGAUUGUAAGGUAGACCCUAGCUGCCAGCAAGUGUGUUCUCAACGGUUGGGGAGUUUGUGUGUCCCCGUUAUACAGUACCUGUUCUCUCUAAUUUUCUAAGUAAUCAUAACCCAGUUUUGAAAUUUGUCUUGGCUUUCAUUUUCUACCCCUCAAUUAAAGAACAUCUUUUUUUUUUUUUUAAGUCAAGAAGUUCCAAUCUGCAUACUUGAUGUUACCUUGGCCGCCGGCAGUUGUGUUGCCGCCUUAUCUGGGUUCCCUGGAUAGUCACAUUCGCGCUACGUGUUAGAAUUUACAUGUUAGAAUGUAAACAGUAGUGAGAGCAGAGCCAGGCNCAAAGGAUGCAUGGAGUUAAAGGUUCUCUAUGGAACAAGAGAAUUCUCUCCCUUGGCUUAGAGAAUCAAGUUCUAUUCCAGACUAAUGGUGGGCCUGGGCUUUAUAUUUUUAUGUAAACUAUUUUUAGACUCGAGGAUUUGGUUUUCAGAGGAAAGCUUUACACAUAAUUAAACCAUGGAAGCGUCCUGGAUUCUUUGAUGCCUUGGGUUCACACCUACUUGUUUGCCUUCUUUUCUAUGGAGCCCGAGACCUCACCUGUCAGGUGAACUCAGUCACCUUCCGCCUCCCUCUGCGUUCCCUAAUACAUCUGUCUUCAAGGAAACCGUUGUCUGGGUGUGGUGGCCCUGGCCUGUAAUCUCAGCCUGCAGGAGACUGAGGCAGGAGGAUUGAGAGAACGAGGCUAGCCUGGGCUACAUGAGUCAAACCGUCUCAGAGUAAGGUAUUUCCUUUUUCUUGGUGUGACAGUACAGAGCAACUGGGAAAAUANUUACUUCUAGCCAAGAAGUCUGUGUUCUGGACUCAUUCUACACAAACUUAAGUACACAAAGAGAGUACGAUGUAUGAACCUUGAGCAACCACAUGACAAAUGACUGUUGGGGUUUCAAACUCCCCUCAGAGUGUGAUCUCCAGAAAAGCCAUCCCUCUCAGAGUGCCACUGUUUCCCUCAGUCUUGAGUAGAGCGCAGUUCAUAGUCAGGAUUACCAUGUAUUCAGCACAGUGACAUAUGCUGUCCUCUCAGCGCUUGGGAGGCAGAAGUACCAGGGCUUGGCAAGCUUAAGUCCAGCCUGGGCCAUGUACCAAGACCCUGUCUAAAAACAAGGGGAUUCCUGGGUGUACAGGUAUCCCAGUGACAGAUAACAGCGACUGUGCAUCUUUGUCCACCGCUGGGAACGUGACGUAUUCCCUGUGGUUUCUAGUCAAGGCUAGAAGUGAUCCCAAAUACGGUCAGCAUGCAGACACCACCUACUCACUCGGGUUAGUGCUUUCUCUUGGAAACCUGCAGUUCUUGAAGUGGGUCCCGAGACCCUUGCAGGUCCCACGUGGCCUGGCCAGAUGUGAGUUUAUGACACAAGGGGGAUUUCUUUUCUAUCUAUGCAGAUAAUUUGUGGUUUUCUGUACCGUUCCCUGUUGGCACCCCUCUUCCUAAGUCCGAUUGAGGACUAAGGAGGGACCACAGGUGUCAGUCCUAUGCUGUGCCGUGCCCUCUGCUGUUAGCCUCUGAGUAUUUACUCAUGUCACGUGUGUCUUUGACGUGUGAGAACGUAUUCACAGCUGUUGCACAUUGAUCCCCACAACUGAACCUGCAGCUGGAUUAAGUCCCGAAUCCAGCAUGUCUGUAGUCCCCUGGUCUGUGCACUGUAGUAUGCUCGCUGCACGUGUGGAAACUGGUCAGUGAGCCUCGUCCGUGUGUCCUGUGAUUUCAGUAUCGUUGAUCUGAUGGGCCAUAGUUCAUUAUCAGCUUCAACUGUCCUGUGUCCUGAGGCUUUCGAACAUUCCUUGUCCUGUAAGGAGGUGACAGAGGCAGACUGUGACCUGGAAGACACUUGUGAUUAUCUGUAACAAACGUUGAUGUUGAAACUAAUAAAGAGUUGUUGUUUUUUAAGUCA